AUGAGAUCAUUACGAUUUGUCCAGCUGCAUAGACAUCUCGCGGUCCUGGGCAGGGCAAGAUGCCGAGUUUACUCGAGCGCAACAGCGGCACCGCUUGGCGUUGACAAGACAUCUGAAAAUAACCUACAGACGGAGACCAACAGACUGGCUAAGACGUUCACCAAGUUCUGGGACAAGGUCGAUCUGGCCAGGGAGGGCGGCCAUGUGACGGUGCAUAUCGACGGCAAGCCGGUGCGGACGCCGCUGGGCAGUCCGUUGCGUGUAGACGAAAGGCGAGGUAUUCUGGCACACAUGCUGCGGGAGGAAUGGGCUGGCCUGACCUCGUUGGCUGUCAAGCCGUACUCGCUGCCGCUGACCUCGCUCGUGUCGCGCUGCAUCGACCUGGAGACUGUGAGCGCGCCCGGGUGCCAUCCCGACACGGUUGCCAAGGUAGGGGGCGACAGAAGCGCGAUCAGCCAGGGACUGCUGCGGUACCUGGACACCGACACGCUGCUCUGCUUCUCGCCUCGGUCGGAGUUUGAGGGCGCGCUGCGGAAGGCACAGGAUGAAAUGUACAAGCCCAUCAUCGCGGGGGUGGAGACGCUGCUGGCCGAAGUGAGCGGGAAGCCCGUCUCCUUGCGCUGCCUCGACGCCGACGUGCACGGCUUGCGCGGGAACGUGCAGAGCGAGGACACCCGCGCGGCCGCCGGCAAGUACAUGGACAAUCUGAGCGUCUGGGACUUUGCUGUGUUCGAGAAGGUGGUGCUCACCACGAAAUCGUUUAUCUGCGGCAUCCUCCUGCUGCAAAACAAGAUCGGAAAGGCGGCGCCUGCGUUGAAGCUGAGCACCGAGGAAAUUGCCCGGGCCGCGACAUUAGAGACCAUCUACCAGGUCGAGCGGUGGGGCGAGGUGGAAGAUACACACGAUGUGAACCACAGGGACAUCAGAAGAAACAUCAACGCGGCCGCCGUGGUAGCUUAUAGAGAAUGA